UGUUUUCUGUCAAACUUCCAAACGCCAUUUUUAGGUUAUCAAAUUGGAAAUUUUAAAAAUAUAAUAAUUUUUAGGAUAUUAGGAAAAAGCUGAAAUAUGUUGGCUUCUAGAGGGUUUACGCUUUUUAGGGCUGCCCGAAGUCUCGCUAAGAACACCCCACAGGUUAAACAAGCAAUUAGGAAUCAUGGAUCGUGGAACUAUAGAACAGCCCCUCCACCAAAUGAGAAGAACAUAGAAUUGACUGCUGAAAUUGUGCAAGGAGUAAUGUGGUGGUGGAUGCUGUGGCACUUGUGGACUGAACCUGAUCAUAUUUUGGGUGAGUUUGAGUACCCAGAUGGGCGCAAAUGGACAGACCAAGAACUUGGCAUUCCAGAGGAAUUGGAAUGUGAUUAAUAUUAAAAAAAACUUCUUGUAUUUGUAGUUGAUUUGAUUGUAAAUUUAUUAAUAUAAUAUGUACGAUAAUAUAUAACAA